AUGGCGAUGGAGUCAGCCUCGGCGUCGGCUCCGGGUCUUGUUGCCAUGGAGAUCCCGGUGCGAGGUGCGCUCCCGGUGGUGGAGGAAGACGAGGGCUUCAGCGCGCUGCCGCCGGGGUCCGAGGAGCGACUACGGUACCGGCGAGGAGGUGGGAGACGGCGGCGCGGGGUGCCGUUCAACCGGGGCGGCUACUACAUGCUGAUAGUGAUCGGAGAGAUCGGCACGGAGCACCAGCUGGACGCCGCCAGAGUACAGAUAGAACGGGGAAUUCGAUCCUGGGACGUCGACCUCAAGUGCUGUGACCUUGAUCAACAGCUGCAGCUUUUUAUAACUCGUCACUCUGCCCAUUUCUCCUCCGAGGUCAGAGGACAAAGGACUCUCCACCACAGGAGUGAUGUCCUAGAGACUGUGGUACUUGUCAAUCCUUCAGUCGACACUGUCGUAUCAGAGAUCCAGUCUCUAGUCACUGACUCAACAGGACACAAGCUUCUGGUCUUGAGUGGCCAGAGCUCAGAUCACGGUGGCCUUCUCCUUCAAACUGGGGUUUUCACCAACCAGACCUUUUCAAGUGUCUUUACUGAUCCUGGGGUCAGUGAAUUACUGGGCACAGCAGCCCCCAAGCAGCAGGCUACACUUACUGUGUCCUGCCGUGGGGAGGUGGGCUGGAGCUCCCUGGGACAGCAGCAGACCCUGAGGGAGUUCCUGGAAUACAAGCUAAACCCUGAACCUGUUCUCCCGAAGAUGGAGGGCGUCACAGAGUUCACAGAGUACAUCUCUGAAACUGUUGACGUUCCUUCACCUUUUGACCUCCUGGAGCCUCCUACCUCCGGAGGCUUUCUGAAACUCUCCAAACCAUGUUGCUACAUCUUUCCCGGUGGACGAGGAGACUCUGCACUCUUUGCUGUGAAUGGCUUCAACAUCUUAGUGGAUGGGGGCUCUGAUCGAAAAUCCUGUUUCUGGAAGCUGGUCCGUCACUUGGACCGCAUCGAUUCAGUUCUGCUCACUCACAUUGGUGCUGACAAUCUCCCAGGUAUCAAUGGGCUUCUUCAAAGGAAGAUAGCAGAACAAGAGGAGGAGCAGUCACAGGGCUCCACCAACUAUAGUGACUGGAUGAAGAACUUGAUCUCUCCUGAACUUGGUGUGGUGUUCUUCAAUGUACCUGAGAAGCUACGUAUGCCAGAAUCGAAUCUCAAAGUGAAGCGCAGCAUCGAGGAGGCAUCACUUACUCUGCAGUACCUUAACAAACUAGGAAUCAAGCCGGAGCCUCUCUUUCGAGUGGUCAGCAACACCAUUGAGCCCAUUACACUUUUCCACAAGAUGGGAGUGGGCAGGUUAGACAUGUACAUUCUCAACCCUGUCAAAGAUAGUAAAGAGAUGCAGUUUUUAAUGCAGAAGUGGGCUGGCAACAGCAAGGCCAAAACUGGUAUUGUGCUACCCAAUGGGAAAGAAGGGGAAAUAUCUGUGCCCUACCUGACAUCAGUUACAGCUUUAGUUGUCUGGCUCCCUGCCAACCCUGCAGAAAAGAUUGUCAGAGUGCUGUUUCCUGGGAAUGCACCACAAAACAAGAUCCUAGAGGGCCUAGAAAAAUUAAAACACCUUGACUUCUUGCGCUAUCCUGUAGCCACACAAAAGGACAUUGCCUCAGGAGCUCCUCCCUCUGUUAUCAAACAAACCAAGUUAAAACAGAGAACAGAUAGCAAAGAGAGCCUCAAAUCCUCCCCCAAAACCACUGCAAAGGCCUCAAAGAAAGAAACUGAAGGACAAGAUGAUGUGUCAGCCACCACAGAGGCAAAGAGUGACUCUGUGAAGGAAAACAUAUCAGAGAAAAAAGAGGAGAAAAAGCCUACCAAGACGAUAAAAUCUAAAACUGAAGUGCCAGAAAAGAAAAAACUCUUGAAAGAAAAGUCAUUAAAAAAGCAUUCUAAGGAAAGAGUGUCAAAAAUGGAUGAGAAAAAGGACAAGGAAAAGAAAGAGAUCAAGAAAGUAAAGAAAGAUGACUCUGCUAAAAAAGAUGAGAAAAAAGAUGGUAAGUCCAAAGAGGACAAGAAGAAGGACACAUCCAAGCCUGAGCUGAGAAAAAUCUUGAAGCCUGACCUAAAGCCACUUACACCAGAAGUAAGAAAGACAUUACAUAAAGCUAAAGUGUCAAGUAAAGCCAAAACUGGAAAAAGUAAAGCAGCCAAGGCUGAACCUGCUGAACCCAAAGCAGAGGAGCCAAAAGUUGAAGCUGUUCAACCUGAACCGAUGGAAAAUGGAGCUGUCGAGGGCACAUCUGCUCCCUCAACACCUGAAGACCUUACCAAGGAUUUUGAAGAACUAGAAAAAACUGAAGUUAAAGCUGUAUCAGCGGAGCCAGCAGACACUGUUGAGGUUUCAUCAGAGCCAACAGCAGAAAGCCUUACGCAAGAAAGCAAAGAAGCACAAGAAGCAAUUUCUGAAAUCCCACCUGCAUCAGAGUCUCCAGAAAAGUCAGUACCAGCCCCAGAAGUAAAAGCUGAAACUGAGGAAAAAGACAGAGAGUCAACACAAGAGAGAGAAAUUGAAGAGGCUCAAAAGUUUGAGGAUGAAGGAGCAGCAUCACAAGAUGAAGAUGAGGAAGAGGAGGAGGAGGAGAAGGUCCCAACUGCUGAAAAGAAAACACAGCAGGAGGAAGAGGAAGAGGACAUGGGAAUAGGUGAAGAUGAAGAUGAAUCAAAAUGGAAGGAGGUAAAAGACGAUGGACUUGACAGGAAACAUGAGAUAGAAGAAAUGGAGAAAUCAGAAAAUCUCUCAGCUAAAGUUGUUACAAAAGAGGAGCCACAAAUGCCUCCAUCUAUGGACGUGAAAGAAGAAGAAGAGCUGGAGGAGGAGGCACUGGAGAAAGCCGAACUAGAGGAAGUUGAGGAUUUGGAUGUAAUAGCAGAUGAAGAAAUCAAAGUUAAACCAGAAGAUGCAGUUGAAAGCACAACCACUGAAAUUCUGACAGCAAGAAAAGAUGAAGAAGAAGAGGAGGAGGAGGGCUACCUGUCACAUGUUGGAGGGGCCACUGCUCCCAUAACCUCAGUCGUUCAAGGUGCUGCUGCUGAACCCAUCUCCUACAUUCAAGACGAGACGAUUCCUGGCUACUCUGAGACGGAACAGACCAUCUCUGAUGAGGAGAUUCACGAGGAGGCCGAAGAGAGAAUACCACACCUUCAAUACGACGUUGGUGCCUAUGAUAUCUCUGUUCCAGAUCAGACGGGCUCCUUUGUAAACAUUCAUGGCAUGCGGGAGAUGCAAGCUGCAGCCAUGACAGAGAAAGGUUUUAUUCCAGGUGUGCAUGAGCAAGUAUCUGUGUUCACCAACAUCAUCACUGCUCCUUUAGCAGAAGAAGAACAUGUGUCUUCUGCAACGUCCAUCACAGAGUAUGACAAAAUAUCCUCCUUUCCUACUUCUAUCGCCGAAGAUCAAUCUGUGGCAUCUGUCACAGCAACUCCAGCUGAAGAACCGUCCAAAACCCCAGCUCUCCUGUCAACCUCACCUGACGCCACCCAAGGCAAAGAGCAACCACUUUCUGCAGGAACUCCUUCACCACCUUCUUUAGAAGAUGACAAACAAUCCAAAUCCCCAGCUGAUGAUUUACAGCUUCCUAUUGCAGAAAUGAAGACAGUUGCUAAAGUUCCUGAUGCUCCUGAAGAGGAGGAAGAAGAAGAAGAAGAGGAAGAAGACCAAACUCCUAAUGUUGACAUUUCACUUGAAAAACUCCAAGAGGGCUAUGCUUCAUCACAGAUGCUACAGGGUAAAGAGAAAGGCAUUGAAAAGCUUGCCAGUUCAGUGUCUCCUGAAAAGUCUGUACAUGACAUAAAACCAAUCCACCUACCAGUUGAGGAGGAAAAUAUUGAUGCAGUCGCACCUAAAGACAUUUCAUCUGUUGUGCCUACCAGACCGUUUGGAUCAGACUCAGUAACUUCAGAGAGUGAAGAGCGUUGCUUUAGUCCGGAUGAUAUCACUGUGAAAAUGGCAUCCCCUCCACAGUCCGGACCCUCAAGUGCAGCUCACUCUCCACUUCGUCAGUCACCAGUAGAAGACAAGACAAAGGUCUUCUCUGAUUUUGAAGUGCAAAAGCAAGAGGUGCUUUCUCAUCAAGUCACCACAACUGACGAUGAAACAAAAAAGAAAGAUGACACAGAAGUAGACACACAGGAAUAUGUUGACAAACAGAAGGGAGAUCAACAUGAAGUAGACGUUCCAAAAUCUUUCGACAAAUCAUUUGAAAUGGACAUCAAAGAGGCUCCAGUGAUGAAAGAGCCAGAAAAAGACACUUCAUCAGCGUCAAAAGAUGAAGGGAAAAAGGCAGAAACAAUACCUGUUGCUGGUGCAUCUUUAACAGAAGAACAGCCAGUUUCAGGGACGGAUUCCCUUAUUUCAUCUGCACAACAUCAUGAUGACGCAGAUGACAGGUUCAAAGACAAAGAACCUGAAGUGCCUGCACCAGGUAAAUUUUCAGAGGGGGAGAGGCGUUUCUCGGAUGAUGAUGGUGAUGAUAACAAGAAAGAUGAUGAUGAUCAUGAUGAUAAAUCUGCAGUUAAAACCAUCAAGGCGGAAGAGGAGAAAGAAAAGGAUAGCAAGCUCGAUUCCAAACAAAUGGAGGAUGAGCAGAAACAGAAAUCUGUCACCCAGAUCCAAGAGGACGUUUCCGUCCUUAAGUCCAUCACAGUUGAGAAAGCAGAGAAAGAGCACGUUAAAGAUACAUCGGAUCAUAAACCUGUCACAGAAGAAAUUGCAAAAGACACUGUCACUGUUGAUACAUCCAUUAAAGGUGGACACAUAGAGCCGGAGAAGGAAAUUAUUAGUUUAGAGGCCAAACAAAUGGAAGAUGAGCAGAAGCAGAAAGGUGAAACACAAGAGCCUGAUUUUGACCUCCGAAACAAAGGUGAGAUUAAGGAGACAGAGGUUAAAAAGGAUGAUGUGUCUGAUAGUAAGAUUUUAAAAGAAGAAGACAAGAAAGAGACAGAAAAGAGUGAUACUUUUGAUAUUAGCGCAAUAAAGACUCAAGAGAAAGAGAUCAGUGCGGUCCACCCUUCAGAUAUCAAACCUGUUAAAGAAGAGAUAGAGAAAGAGGCAAAGAAAGACGGGAUGCCCAUCACUAAACCUACUCAAGAUGAGGAAAAGAAAAAGGAUGCAGAAACCUCUGAUAUUAAACUGAUCGCAGAUAAAAAGGAGGAAAAAGAGAUGGAAAAGAUCGAUGUUUCUGCUGCCAAGCCCUUUAUGGAUGAGCAGAGGCAAGAGGAGAAAGAAAUGGGUGACAUCACUGUUGCUAAACUCAGCAAAGAAGAAGAAAUCAUUAGUAAGAGUGAUGAAUCUUCUGUUACCAUGAAAGAAGAAAAGGGACAGGAGAUUUGUAAAGAUGCUAGCUCAACUGUCAGCCUCACCAAGAUGGAGGAAAAGGAUGUAAGUAAAGAUAACACUUUUGAGGCCAAGUCAACCACUGAGCAAGAAAAGGUGGACACAAGUAAAAAAGAUAUCACUGACACUAAACCUUCCAAAGAACAGGAUACAGAUAUAACAACAAAGGAUGAUGCAUACAUAUUUGAAACAGCUCUAGAAAAGGAUAAGAAGGAGGACAUAGGUCAAGAUGAUACUGCUGCUGUUAAACUUAUUAUGACAGAGGAAAAAGACAAACUGCCGAGUAAGGAUGAGAUUUGUACUGUUAUACCAACAGUUGGAGAAGAAAAGGAACUGGAGGAAAGCAAAGGGGAUGCUGCUGUCAUUAAACUUAGCAAGUUGGAGGAUGAGCAUGUGAUCGCAUCUAAGGAUGAUGAUAUCUUCGCCACACCAACCAAGACGGAAGCAAAAGAAACACCUCAAUCUGUCAAACCAGUCAUGGAAGGAGAGAAGGAGCAAGAGGCAAGCAAAGAUGUCACUUCUGCUAUCAAAGCAGCUAAGAUGGAGGAGGAGGAUGUAAUGAUGAGCGAAGAUAUCCCUGCUGUCAAAACACCCAGGGAUGAAACAACCAUGAAGGAUGUCACAUCUGUAUCUACACCAACCACUAAAGGUGAAAAAGAGAAAGAAAUCAGUAAAGAUAUCAGUCCUGUUGUAUCAGCGACAGAAGAUGAAAAGGAAAAAACAGUAGAUAAGGAGAAAACACUUACUGUUAAACUGUCUGAAGAAGAAGAAGAAGUGACAGUUCAGGAUCACAGUGUUGUUGUCAAACCCAUCAAAGAGGAGAAAGAUGCAGUCACAAUUAAGGAUGGAAUUUCUGAUAUAAAACCCUCCAAACUGGAGGAAACAAAACACAUUGAGUCCCUGACAGUUGAGGAGAAGAAGGUUGAAUUAAAAGAUGUUACACCAGAUGUAAAACUCAUCAAGGAGGAGGCAAAAGAAACACCAAAAGAAGGAACUACUGAUAAAGAAAUUGAGGUUAAAAAAGAGGAUGGAAAGAUUGACACUCCUCAGUUUGUAUCCGUUACAGAGCAGAAGGAAAAGGAAAUUGAUGAUGCUUCUGUUAAAACCACUAAGGAUGACAAAGAGGUGGAAAAAGGUGACACUUCUGAGAAACAAAUAAAACAGGAGAUUAAAGAGCAGGAGAAGAGUGACACUGAUGACCACAAACCCAUUUUGGAGGAAAUGAAGGAUAAGGAAACUGAGAAAGAUGGAGUGAAAAAAGAGAAAGAGACAGACGCCACUGUUGAACAACCGACGGCUGCAAAAGAGAAAGAGCCAUUUAGAGUUGAAGCCAUGGAGGAGGAUUUUAAAGAUGCAGUCAUACAGGGCAGUUGUGAAGCGGAAUCUAUCAAACAGGAGACCGAGAAGGAGAUGGACACGCCAUUGAGCACCAAGGAAGAGAAGAAAGGUAAAGAUGGUUAUCCUUUCAAGUCUGAAUCCAAGCAAGAUGAUAAAGAAGAGAUAUGUCUUCCACAGGCCAAGACACUGGAGGAGGAGAUGACUAAAAAGGAUGAUAUUUUUGAGAUUAGUGACAAGCAUAUACAUGAGGAAACAUCUGAAAAGCUUCCUUUCACUCAGAAAGAAACGGAAACUCUUGGCACUGCAUCAAAAGAAAUGCCGCAAGAGUCCUCCGUAACAACAUCAAGUGCAGACUUAAAAACCGUGAAAGAUGGCCUUUCUGUGUCUCCCCACGACAUCCAGGAGGAGACAAAAGAACAGGAUAAAGGUUCAAAGGUCAUUUUUAGUCAGGAAGAGAAGAUGGAAAAAGAAAAAGAUGAUGCACAUGUUGCAGAACUCAGCAAAGAACAGAAAAUGGAGAAAGAACAAGAAAAAGAAUACACUUAUGAGACUGAAGAUGUCCAAGAUGAAAAGACAAAACCAGCAGAGGAUGCAAAGAUGAUUGAAGAGAAGGAUGCUGCUGACAUGAAGACCGAUGAGAUCACAGAGAAAGACAAGUAUGACUCCACUGAUGCAGACCACACCAAAGAGGAGAAAUGGGAGAAAGAGGAAUUACAGGAGAAAGACCUGGACAAAACCAUUAAACAACCUGCACAGACAACAUCAGCAGAAACAGUGUUGGCGUCCAAGUUAGAUUACAAACCUGCCUUUGUGGUUCAAUCAUCAGAUGAAGACAGAGAGGAUGAAGAGGAGGAAGAUAUUUGUAUGGGAGGAGCAGGUUCCAGACCUUUGUCAGUGGAGCCGAGAAAAUCUGACCAUGACAUCUCUCCUGAAGGUUUGCCGUUGACCCAAACUCCACACACAAGUGACCAAACUAAACCACCAGUGUCUCCACAGCCCCCAGUAGUUAUACCUACACUUACAAUGCAAGAGCCCUCUGUGGAUGAAGACGUCAAAGAGUUUGGAAAAGAAGAAUCCAGGCUUUCAGCUGAAGCAGACAAAGAUAUUGUGAAAACAGAAACCACAUCUGCACCCCUUGCCAAGCCAGAGCCCUCCUUUGAUUUUGUCACACCAAAGGAGGAGACAACCUUCAUUUCAAAACAAGAAACAGCUUCUGGUAUACCAGCUGCCAAAGCAGAACCAGACUCAGUGGAGAAAAAGCCUGUGUUGUCAACAGUGUCAAGCACCGACAGCCAACCCAGGAGCUGUACACUUUCGAGCACUGAAAGCCAGUCCAGUGUGGAGGAAACACCACAGCAAGACAAACAGGUGCCAUCUCAGAUGAGCUCUGGAGUCUGUGCUACACAAAAGACACAGCUGGAUGAGAAACCAGGAAAGGAAGCAGAGAGGGAGAUGGAAGGAGAACGAGAGGUGGCUUCUCCAGGAUUAUCUCAGCCUUGUUCAUGUUUUAUGUUGGAGAAAGAAUCUGAGGAUGUCAGACACACCACUGACACUGCAAAAAUUGAGAAUAAAGAGAAAAUGAGCCCAGAGAAGGAGACACUCAGUGGAAGCCUUGGAGAUGAGAAGCAAUCCUGUGGUGCAUCAAAGUAUGAUCCGUAUGAAAAGCCCAUCCCAAAAGAUCAAGAUUUGGACUCGAGAGAAGAGAGUGAGGUUUCUUUAGGUCUUGAUCAUCCUUCUGACAUCUGCAUUGAUGAUAACAGAAGAACAAGCCAGGCAGAGGCUGGAGGAGCCAUGUUUCUCCUGGAAGAUCAGUACAAAGAAGAGCCUCUGUCCUUCAGUAGAGUCGACUACAGCCCGGUGUCCCUCACCGAGAGUGAAAGAAGCAGUCACCACAGUCGAAGUGCCUCUCCUAAACAUGAAGACAGAGAGAAAGGCCAAGAGGAAGAGUGUGAGAGAGAGGACAGAGCAGAUACAACUUAUGUUCAGAGCUUUUCAUCUGUAGACAUGCAAGACAACAAAAUGUCCCAAGCUGCUGAGUCUUAUUCUUUCAGUCCCAAAGAAGACAAACCUGAGAAAUCAGAGAAAGAAAAAGAAGAUAUGCAGGAAGGUGCUGCAGCAGCUUUUCAUAUACGGGCAACGGGAGAAAGUGAUGUAGUUUCUUCAAGUGCUGCCAUUCAGACACCAGGUACAUCAAUAAGACAAGAAACACCUUCUCCCUCCUGGAGCCAGUCAGAGCUUGGUGCUCAGGCUCCAGCUACUAGUGUUGCUUUCGGAGAACUCACAGAAAAGGAAACGACAAAAAGAGACAAAGAAAAAUCUGCUGAGUCGCUCAAAGAAAAAAUGGAUUCCUCUGAUCAUAAAAGAGAGGCCUCGCCAUCUGGUCGGCACUCACCUGCAGAAAAAGACAUUUUACCUCAACAAGCAUCACUGUUAGAAGAAACAUCGAGUGACUCAAGGACUGCUCCUGGAGCCACCUUCAUAGGACAUGAAAUAGAUGAUAAUGUUUUGGCUUCUGAUAACAGUCAAAUAAGCAGUUCUUCACCUUGUAAAGCCCCAGGUUUUCCUGAAGGAAAAGAGAGCCUGAUAGAUAAAAGGUUGCUUGUAGAGGGGGAAGAUUUCAAUGUUGAUGAUGACGAAGAUGAAGAUGAGGAGGAGGAGGAGGAGGAGGAAGAUGAAGAAGAGGAGGAGUCAAGUGAUGUAGAUAUGGAAAAGGGUGCAAGAGAGCAGUCUGAAAAAGAAAUGUGCAGACGCGGCUCUGAUGACAGUGCUGGAUCAGCAGAGUUAGAGGACUCAAAUAAAAAGUCUCAGUUGCCGACAUCCAGCCUCCCUAAAGAGGAAACAGUCUGUAAACCAACCCCUGAUGAUGCCUCAGCAUUUAAAGUCACAGAGACAGACAAGCAGGAUGUAAGUAAAAAACCAUCUGAAUCAAAACCACACAAAGAGGAGGAUGCCGUUAGUGAUACAACCACAUCCAAACCUCCUGAGACGAAGAGUGAAGAUGUUGGUAAAACAACGCCAUCACCAGACCCAGAUUCACUCAAAAGAGAUGUAAGCCUUUUUGCUCCACCAGAUGUCCCAAAAGACACAGAAAUAAAGAAAGUAGAGGACACAGAUAAAAAGCAUUUGUCUCCUGAACUGACCACAAAGAGGAGGUUGUCGUCAGCAGAGGAUAUUACUUUCUCUGAAGUACUAGAAUCAAAAAAAGGUGAUGAAGGCAAAGUGUCUCUAUCACCAGAGACAAGCUCUUUGACAAAAGAUACCUGUCAACCAACCUCUACAAGCAGCCUGCUAGGCAGCUCUUUGCCACCUGAUCAUUCUGAGUCCAUGUCCAAACCUACAGCUAGUCCCUCGCCUCCCCUAACAGGUAGCUAUGCCGAUAUCGGACCGAGCAGAUCAUCAGCUUAUUCUGAGGGUUUUGAUAGUGAGAACAGGCAAGUAGGGUUGAAGGAAGAUAAGAAAGAAACAUUUGCACUCUCAGAUUCCUCCCAGCUAUCCAAGCUAAGCGAUGAUAAAUAUUAUAGCCAAAAAGAAGCUCAAGAAGAGAGUCUAGAUGAGAGGCAGACCCAAGAUACUACUGCAAAACAUGAGGAAACUACCUCAUCAGCUUGCACAUACACCACCUUAACGUACUCUACUUCAACGUACUCCUCUACAUCAUACAGUUACUCAUCUUCAGCCUCAACAUCUGCCCCUUUUGGCCAACAGUCAGGAGACAAAGUUGAAACUUUCACAAUGUCAAGCUCUGAAGUACCUUUAGCCAAAGAGGAACCAUCAUUCACAAGCUCUUGCUUUGGAGGGUUUCAGAGAGACGAGUACAUGGAAGUGACAACGACACCGACAGCAAAAGUGUCUCUACCCAGCCAGUUUGAUGAGGCUAAACCAUCAUCUCUAGGCCUGUCCACCACUGCCAAGCAGGUCGAGGAUCAAGGUGGUUCUGCAAAGCCAGAAUCAGACACAAAGUCAAGUACUAAGAUGACAACAUCUACCACAGCACCCUCUCUACAAAGUACAGAAACUGCAAAGGUGUCUGAGAGUUCAUCCAUGUCAGAGGCUCGCUUUGAUGUCUCUCCACUCCAAAGGGCUGACUCCUCUGACAGGGGGUCCCCAGGGUCAGCUGAAGACAAAGAGCCUGAUACACUUGAAAUGGAGGACAGCACCUUACCAUGCCGUAUUGAAUGUCAUAAAAGCAAAGUGGCUGAGCAAAAAGAGACUUUUUCAUCAAUUACUGAGUCAUAUGCGGUAGAGAGUACCAUAUACUCCACAGAAACAAAGACAGUUAGCAUAACCUCGAGUACCAUUGUGUCUAAACCUGAUGUGGCAAAGGAAACAACUCCACAGACAGCCUCAGCCACUCCACUGAGUGACAGUGGAACUACCAAAACCUCAUGUGCCAUAGCAGACCUGCCCAAAGCAGAGGAGGGCAAAGAGAAAACAAUGCAGGAAAAAGAGGAAAAGACAAAUGGAGCUGUUCUACCUUUGAAGGAAGAUGUCAAAGUGUCAGAACAAGUAACAAGUGAAAAAGAUGGAAAGACAGAGACACUAAAAGACACUGAAGUCAAACAGAAAACAGAUGACAAGACAGUGGAUGAAAAGACCAGUAAAGAUAGCACAGAAGAGAAAAAAGCAACACCUGAUCCAAAGCUGAGUGAAAAAGUAGAAAUUGGUAGACAAGGAGAGGGUGAAAUAGUGGAGGAAAAAAGUUUGUUGGAAAAGCCAUCAGAAAGAUUAGAAAUGAGAAGAAAGAGCAGUAUAUCUGAUUGGGAGCUACUACAAAGGCCCGAUGACUGCCCCAGUGCCCCCCCUCCAGGGUAUGGUGAUGAUGAUGAUGAUGAAGAGGAAGAAGAGGAAGCAGUAGAAGCAAUGGAAUGGAUGUCCAGCGCCCACAGUACCCCUGUGUCCUCCUUAAAAGAUGCAUAUCACACAGAAACCUCUAGUAAAGGAGACGAAAAGACUGAACGUCCCUCUGACUUGAACACCGGAGCAACCUCCUCCUCUGCCUCCCCUCAAGGCUUCUCCUCCUGCGAAUAUAAACAUCGCAAAGGAGACCUUUCUCCAUCCUUCAUCAAUCCCAGUCCUCAUCAGCUCUCUAGUGACGAGGGCGAGGGGGAUGACCACAGUGACCACUCCCAGGAAGGGGAUGAGGACGAUCAGGAGCAACACUCUGUGAAAAGGAGGUCACACAAGCAGAGGCGCCACCACACUCAGACUCACCAUGGAGACGCAGCACAGGGGCCACACCAGCCGCCUGGAGCAAUGUCAUCUGGUCUUGCUGUGACUUUAGCUGGAGAGGAAACUCCUCCCACGUCCGUGAGCGAGUCGUUGCCUUCACAGUCCGACUCUGACGUCCCUCCAGAAACUGAGGAGUGUCCAUCUAUAACGGCAGAGGGAAAUCUGGACUCAGAUGAAGACGCUGAGCAUCUGCCAGUGGACAAAUCAUCUGCCUCUGGAGCUGGUGGGGGCCACCAUCCUCCCUCACCACGAUCAUCUCAGAAGACUCACGAUCCCCUCCCUACCCCCAUGAAGGACCCUCUACCUCACCCUCCCCACCCAGAUGUGUGCAUGGUCGAUCCAGAAGCUCUUCUCAAUGAUCACAGCAGCACAGAGAAACUUCUCAAAAAGGAGCACAAGACCACCAAGGGCCUCAGGAAGGGCAAACCCAAGUCAGCCUCUCCUGCUCGUAAAGGGGAAUCCAGAAAGAGGUCUUCUACUCCAGUGAAGCAGGCUAAGGACUCUGCCUCACCUCGAUCAGCCUCCCUCAGGAGGAAGGACACGGACAGAAGCUCUAGGCUGAUCAAGAUGUCUGAGACCCAGGGCUCAAGGAGUGAGAUCCUGACCCCUGGGAAAGGCUUAGUCAACGGCAUCAAGAGCAGUUCAGGAAACAACACCCAGAAAUCUAGUUCGACUGUCCCCCCUGGACCACCCGUCUACGUUGACCUGGCCUACGUGCCCAACCACUGCAGUGCCAAGAAUGUAGACCAAGAAUUCUUCAAGAGAGUGCGAGCUGCAUACUACGUAGUGAGCGGAAAUGAUCCCGGCAGUGGAGAGCCCAGCCGUGGUGUCCUGGAUGCCCUGCUGGAGGGCAAAGCUCAGUGGGGCUCUAAUUUACAGGUAUUUAGCCUCCGUUUCUGA